GCCUUGUCACCUUCAUCUCGAUCGUUCCAGCAAAAAUGGCGUCGCGAGCCGCAGCGAAACAGACCGGUGGCGUGUUCCGGAUGCUGCAGAAGUGGUACUACGAGCGGGCGGGCUUCAACCAGAUCGGGCUGCUGAGAGACGACACCCUCCGCGAGACCGACGACGUGAAAGAAGCGGUGAAGCGGCUUCCCGAGGACGUGUACAACGCCAGAGCUUUCCGUAUCAAACGGGCGCUCGACCUUGACAUGAAGAAACAGAUUCUCCCCAAGGACCAGUGGACGAAGUUUGAGGAGGAUGUUCGGUACCUACAGCCUUACCUGGACGAGGUUUGGAAGGAGAAGAAAGAGAAGCAAGAAUGGGACAGUCGCUAUUGAUGGAUGAUUCAGAGAUCAUCUAUCUCAACAACUAGGACUAUAGCUAUGAAGUUCCAACUAUUUUUACUGUGCUGAAGGACUAAGGACACUUAGUCUUGUUCAACCAGUCAGACAAAAAGUUACAGAAAUUCUUAGAUUUUAUUCACAAAGGAAAUGCAAAUUUAAUCACACCGCUACCAGUUCAUCACAUUGAAGCAGAGCUGAACAAAUAAACAAUCUACAAUUCUACAUCACCAAGAGAACAUGAGGUCUCAAAUACAGCUGGAAUCUAUGACUUGCAUGGAUCCUGUUCAAGUGUUUGUAGUACACAUGCAUAUGAAUUUUGGAUAUCUCAUUGUAUGGUUGCAGUAUUUAAACGGAUGAGCAUAUUAAAAGUUGAGGAUUCAGUUGUUAAGGUACAUCAAAAUUAUUACAUUAAAAUAUGUUCAACUCCAA